AUAGAAGUCAUGUGAUGUAAAUAAGAGAACAAGAUGGUGGGAUAUGGGUGGUUUGUAAGUCUUGCCUUCCUGAUUACGGUAUCUACUAGUACUAUCGACGGGAGGGAGUGCAAUUUCCCGCCAAGUCUGUGGUGUUCAUCUGAUGAAAUAGCUGCCGCAUGUCAGGUAGUUCAGCAGUGCAGGCAGUACCGAACAUCACUGGAGGACACUGCAGCUCAGCCGGUACAGUUUACUCUUUACUACGAAACACUAUGUCCCGACUGCCAGAACUUUUACAGGAAACAACUCUACCCAGCGUACAAAAAUGUUGGAGACAUAAUGAACAUAACAUUGGUACCAUAUGGAAAUGCACAUGAGAAAAAAUCUUCAGAGGGCAAGUGGCAGUUCCAGUGUCAACACGGAGAACAGGAGUGUAUCGGCAACAUCAUAGACGCGUGUACCAUCAGUAUGGUGAAAAACUUCACCAUAUAUUUUCCUUUUAUUAAUUGUAUGGAGGAGAAGUUGUACGAAGGAGACAUCAACCCGCCACAAGCAGCUGAAAAGUGUGCAAAACAGUUCAGUCUGAAGGAAAUAGAUGGUAUCCUGGCGUGUUCUCGGAGUGAUACUGGAAUCAUGUUGGAGCACCAGAUGGCACUGAAAACGGAUGCUCUGCAGCCACCGCACACUUACGUACCCUGGGUUGAACUGAAUGGGGUCCAUACUGAUAGGAUACAAAAGGAAGCAGAGAACAAUUUGAUUAACCUCAUUUGUGACACAUAUAUGGGUGUAAAGCCUCCAGCAUGCCAGAAAAAAAUGAAGUACAAACAUAGAAUUUAGAUGGAAUCUUUGGAAUAUCAGCAGAAGAAUUUUCCUGAAUGAAUUCAAAAUAUUUGGUUUCCUGUGGCCUGGUGCCAAAGAAAUUCAACAGGAAACGGAUUUUGACACCUUUAUAACACAAUUUUCAUACCUUAAACAUCAAGUGUCACAGCUUUUUUUAUUGUAACAGCUAGGACAACAAUCAAACACUAUAUACUCUAUAUUUAAUUAUGUUUCAAUUUGACACCUUUCGAUAUUUACUAUGACCCAAUGUAAUACCUGCAGGACUCAAAUUCUCCUCACAGGAAUGCAUUUCUAACUACCCUUCUCAUACACAACUCUACACUGAUGGUUCUAAAAACGGUGGGAAAGUGGCGGCAGCCUGUCGUACUGUUUAUUAUAACUGCACUUCAGUUCGACUACCAGACGAUGCCUCCAUCUUUUUUGCUGAAGCAUGUGCCAUUGGUUUGGUCCUCGACCAUAAUGAUGACCACCGCAUGCUGACUCUUUCUGCCCACUAAUGUUUACUGUUACGAGAUCCUUAAAACACUGGUACACUUUGUACGUAUACUAAACCUUGUUUUUGUAUCUCGUAACUUUAAAAAAUGCAACUUUGGAUUCCAAGCCAAAUCGAAUUUGUUGACAAAGAAGAAAAUAAAUGCUUUAAUUCUCCAACACACAAAUAUCAAACUGCCAUAUUGAUAUUUUAAACCUGUUAUUUGUACAAGUAUUCAAAAUAAAUAGCAGCAACGCUGGUCUCUCGAGACAAAUAACGACCUUUUUAAAUUACAACCAAAUUUUAAAACAUUCAAUCCCAGUCGGAAAGAUCGCAGAGUGGGAGUUGUCUUCUCUCGGCUCCGUACUGACCAACAUAUCUUACUCAUUCAAGAACCCCUUUCAGCUCCUACCUUUUAAAACUAGGUCCAUCUACAAGCCAUGAAUGUGACACCCGAUUUACAGUGGAACAUUUUUAAAUCACCUGGUCCGUGGCGUCUUGCAUCGAGCCGUCAACAAUUGAAUUGGGCAUGAAGGUAGGAGCUGAAAGGGGUCCAUUUGGCUAUUUUGAUAUUAAUGUAUGACAUUGAUAUUUCAGUGGUUACAUCCGUUAGUGACUGAGAUUCAAAUUUAUACAAAUGAUGGGGCUGACCCACCAGGGGCCUGAGGGGCAGGGCAAAGAGUGGUUCAUUGGGCAAUAAUUGAUAUCAAUGACUUCAUCUCUGGAACUCUGGAUCAAACUCUGGCAUCAUCCUACUGGUCAAUACAAUGACACUGGGCAUCAUCCUAUUGGUCCAAUACAAUGACACUGGACAUCAUCCUACUGGUCCAAUACAAUGACACUGGGCAUCAUCUUACUGGUCCAAUACAAUGACACUGGACAUCAUCCUACUGGUCAAUACAAUGACACUGGACAUCAUCCUACUUGUCAAUACAAUGACACUGGACAUCAUCCUAUUGAAAAUUAAAAGUUAUUUAAAGAACUUUCCCACUGAAGAGGCCUGAUAUUGACUGUUCAUAGGGUCAAAACCGAGGAAUUAAAUUUACUUUGAUAUUUGAAUCAUUGGUAAACAGCCUAGCAUCCUCUUAAAUCGCUUCGCUAUGAAGUUUCAUUAGCAGUAGGAGGUGAAUGAUACAUGACCAUUUGGCUUCUUGCUAUGUUUCAGGGUGUAAAGCCUCCAGCAUGCCAGAAAAAAAUGAAGUACAAACAUAGAAUUUAGAUGGAAUCUUUGGAAUAUCAGCAGAAGAAUUUUCCUGAAUGAAUUCAAAAUAUUUGGUUUCCUGUGGCCUGGUGCCAAAGAAAUUCAACAGGAAACGGAUUUUGACACCUUUAUAACACAAUUUUCAUACCUUAAA